UGCACUCUCCGAAGAAGAAAAAAAAAACCUCUCUAGCAAUACACACCAAAAUGAGCAUGUGCAGAGUGACUCUACAUGAUAUGUCUUAUAAGAGGGUAUUAUGAUAAGAGGGAGACACUGGAAGAAGAGGAGGAUCAGAGAAGUCAGGAUCAAAUAGCGUUUUUACACAAUGCAGAGGAUUAACCCCUUAGGUUCCACAGUGAGUAUAACAAGAGUGCUUUACAGGCAGGGGCGGACUGACAACUCAUGGGGGCCCCCAGGCAAUAGGGGAUCAUGGGGCCCCUGUGUCCUUGCCCUAACUCAAAAAAGCCUA